CAUGUGUUGAUAUGUCUAACCUAUUUAUUUGAAUAUUGAAUCUUCCAAAUUAUUUGAUCAAUCAAUCAAUCAAUUAAUCAUAGAAUAAAAUAAUUGGGAUCAAAGAUUUGAAAAAAAAAUAUAAAGUAACUAAAAAUGACUAUUAAAUUAUCAGCAAACUCGCAAAAUCCUCCCUUGGGAGCGAUAAUUGUUGCCGAGUUGAUUUCAUCUAAAAACAAAAAAAAUAAAAUAAAUAUCGAUUAUCCAGAGUCGUGGAAAGCAGCCGCUAAUGUUCAGUUAUUGAUAAAUGAUCAAGUUGUUUGUGAUGACGAUUGUAAUAUCGGGCGGUAUUUAGCAAGAACUAUUGAUGACAGUUUGUAUGGUGGAAGUGGAAUUUUAGAGAAGACUCAAGUUGACAGCUGGAUGUCUUACAGCAACGGUCCGCUAAAAAAUUCAGCGUCUCUCCCCGCUUCCUUGGAUCAUUUGAAUAAAAAUUUGACGAAAAACUGGUUGGUUUCUGAUCAAAUAACUCUGGGUGACAUUUAUGUCUUUGCUGGUUUGAUAAAUCAUAAUUACAAAGAAGACUCUCAGUACCCUGAGUUGAAUCGUUGGUUCAGCCGAGUGAGUUCUUUAAAAUACGUGUCAAAGAUUUUGAAUACUUUUAAUAAGUCUUCAGUUGCCGCUAAAUCUCGGAAAGAACCAUCGGAGUCAUCGCAGAAACCAGCUAUGGGUAGGAAGCAAGAAGGCAAAUUUGUCGAAUUACCUGGAGCUGAAAUGGGAAAAGUUGUCGUACGUUUUCCUCCAGAAGCCAGUGGUUAUUUGCACAUCGGUCAUGCCAAAGCUGCUUUGUUAAAUCAAUACUACGCGGAAACAUUCAAAGGCACUUUGAUAAUGCGUUUUGACGAUACGAAUCCUGCUAAAGAGACUGUGGAGUUCGAGCAAGAAAUUCUACAAGAUUUAAAACUGUUAGAUAUUAAAGCAGAUCGUUUUACCCACACUUCGGAUUACUUUGAUCUCAUGUUGAAAUAUUGCGAGCAACUUAUCCGUGAAGGCAAAGCCUUUGUCGAUGAUACUCCUGGAGAAAUAAUGAAAGAGCAGCGCGAGAAGAAAGAGCCGUCGAAAAAUCGCGACAAUCCCGUCGAUAAAAAUAUCAAGUUGUGGGAAGAAAUGAAGAAAGGAAGUGAAAAAGGCCAGACGUGUUGUGUCCGCGCGAAAAUUGACUACACGUCAGUUAACGGAUGCAUGAGAGACCCGACAAUUUAUCGAUGCAAACCUGAAUCCCAUCCCCGGACCUUAAAUAAGUACAAAGUUUAUCCAACUUACGACUUUGCGUGUCCGAUUGUCGAUUCAAUCGAAGGUGUAACUCAUACAUUGAGAACAACUGAGUACACAGAUCGCGAUCCUCAAUUCUUCUGGUUCAUUGAAGCCCUUGGACUAAGACGACCCCAUAUUUGGGCAUACUCCCGUUUGAAUAUGACCAAUACCGUUCUGUCAAAACGUAAGUUGACUUGGUUUGUUGACAAUGGUCUCGUUGAUGGCUGGGACGAUCCGAGAUUACCAACAGUAAGAGGAAUUUUACGCCACGGACUGACAGUCGAGGGACUGAAACAGUUCAUUAUUGCUCAGGGUGGAUCUAGGUCAGUUGUCUUCAUGGAGUGGGACAAAAUAUGGGCAAUGAAUAAAAAAAUAGUUGACCCAAUCGCUUAUCGUUACACGGCAUUGGACUGUGAUGACUUGGUACAAGUCAACGUCCUGGAUGCUGCUGACCAUCAGUUCAUUGAUGUACAGAAUCAUCCAAAGAACCCGGAGAUGGGAACUAGGAAAGUUUUGGUUGGCAAGAAGAUUUUUAUUGAACGAGUCGAUGCCGAGAUGCUAAAAGCUGGCGAGAAAGCGACUUUUAUCACCUGGGGCAACUUGAUGAUUGACAGUAUCAAGAAAUCGAGUGGAAAAAUACAGGAAAUUGACGCUAGACUAAGGCUAGAUGACAAAGACUACAAGAAUACUGUAAAACUUACUUGGCUCGCAGAAAAAGAUGACAAGAAUGAUCAUAAAAAAGAUGGGGAUUUAAUUCCCUGCAUUGCUGUUUACUUUGAGCACAUAAUCAGCAAAAAUGUAUUGGGAAAAGACGACGAUUUCAAAGACUUUAUUGCAAAAAAUACUAGAAAAGAAGUAAAAAUGUUUGGAGAAGCAGAACUGAAGAAUGUGAAACAAGGACAGAUAAUACAACUGCAGAGGAAAGGAUUCUUCAGAUGUGAUGUUGCCUAUGCACCAAUGAGUGACUUUACAUCACGUGAGAGACCGUUGAUACUCUUCUAUGUACCAGAUGGACACACCAACAGUUCUCCAAUCUCAGCGACAGCGUCCAAAGAAACCAGUAACAAAGAGACCAGCAAAAGUAACAAAUCCAACAACUUGGGAUCGAGUACAGCCAAAUCUGCAGCAGCAGUUGAUGGAGCCUCUGUAUUGUCACAGAUUAAAAAUCAGGGAGACAAAAUCCGUACGCUGAAAUCAUCGAAAGCUGAUAAGAAAGUAAUUGAAGAAGAAGUCAAAGCUUUGUUGGGUUUGAAAGCGGAGUUUAAAAAAGUAACUGGUGUGGAGUGGAAAGCAGAUUUGAAUCCCGCUGACUUCAAAAGUUCUGCAGCAGCUGAACCAAGUGCUGAGUCGAUUAACCAGCAAAUAGUUGAUCAAGGAAACAAAGUCCGGGAGCUUAAAUCGGCCAAGGCUGACAAGGCUGCGAUUGAUGAAAGUGUUAAAGUUUUAUUGAGUUUGAAAGCGGAGUAUAAAGCAGCCACUGGUAAAGACUGGAAGCCGGAGUCGACUCCUAAAGAUAAUAAGGAAGUUAAGAAUAAUAAAAAUUUACCAAAAAUGCAGGCCACUGAUGCUCGCAGUGCUGAAGAUUUGAACAAGAAAAUUGUCGAACAAGGAAACAAAGUUCGGGAACUGAAGUCAGCUAAAGCUGAUAAAGCGGCGAUUGAUGAAAGUGUCAAAAUUUUAUUGAGUUUGAAGGCGGAGUAUAAAGCAGCUGCAGGCAAAGAUUGGAAGCCGGAGUCGACUCCCAAGGAUACUAAGGAAGUUGAAAAUAUUAAAAAUUUACCAAAAACGCAGGCUACUGAUGCUUACAAUGCUGAUGAUUUGAAUAAAAAAAUCGUCGAGCAAGGAAACAAAGUCCGGGAGCUUAAAUCCGCAAAGGCUGACAAGGCUGCGAUUGAUGGAAGUGUCAAAGUUUUAUUGAGUUUGAAGGCGGAGUACAAAACAGCUACAGGCAAAGAUUGGAAACCGGAAUCAACUCCUAAUCCUAAGGACACCAAAGAAGCUAAAAAUACUCAGAACUUACCGAAGGUCCAGACAGGAACUGGUGAUGCUGAUGAUCUGAGUAAACAGAUUGCGGAUCAAGGCAACAAAGUCCGCGACUUGAAGUCUGCCAAAGCUGAUAAAGCGACAGUUGAUGAGAAUGUUAAAGUUCUGUUGAAAUUAAAAGCUGAUUACAAAGCAGCUACCGGCGAAGAAUGGAAACCUCCAGCUUCAGCUGCUGAUGCCGACAAGAAAAAGAAGACAAAAGCUCCUGAGCCACCAAAAGCAUCCAAGCAGGCGCCUAAAGCAGCCAAAGAAGUCGACAGUACAAAAACAGGCACAAGGUUGGGUCUAGAAGCCAAAAAAUCUGAAAAUUUGCCUGACUGGUAUUCCCAAGUUAUAACGAAGGGUGAAAUGAUUGAGUACUACGACGUGUCGGGUUGUUACAUCCUCCGUCCGUGGAGUUAUUCGAUCUGGGACAAAAUAAAAGACUUCUUCGACACGGAAAUUAAAAAACUGGGUGUACAAAAUUGUUACUUUCCUAUUUUUGUGAGCAAAGCUGUGCUGGAACGUGAGAAAACUCACAUCGCAGACUUUGCGCCGGAAGUUGCAUGGGUCACCAAGUCAGGAGAUUCAGAUUUGGCUGAACCAAUCGCUAUUCGUCCGACAUCUGAAACCGUCAUGUACCCGGCUUACGCCAAAUGGAUCCAAUCUUACCGGGACUUGCCCCUAAAAUUGAACCAGUGGAAUAACGUAGUCCGCUGGGAGUUCAAACAUCCCCAGCCAUUUUUGCGUACUCGUGAAUUCCUGUGGCAAGAAGGACACUCAGCAUUUUUGACAAAACCUGAAGCCGAUGAAGAAGUAUUAAUUAUUUUAGACCUUUACCGCCGAAUUUACGAGGAAUAUCUUGCGAUCCCGGUAGUACGCGGUCGUAAAACUGAAAAAGAAAAAUUUGCAGGCGGUGAUUACACGACUACUGUCGAAGCUUUUGUAUCAGCGAGCGGACGUGCGAUUCAAGGAGGAACAAGUCAUCAUUUGGGUCAGAAUUUCUCAAAGAUGUUUGAUAUUAAAGUCGAGGGAGUUGUUGAAGGUGGGGAUAAAACUUUUGUGUACCAAAACUCAUGGGGAUUAACUACGAGAACAAUCGGUGUGAUGGUGAUGGUCCAUGGUGAUGACAAAGGACUCGUCUUACCUCCAAAUGUCGCGUCUGUACAAAUAAUUAUUAUUCCUUGCGGUAUUACUGCGACGACGACUGCUGAAGAACGCGCUAAUUUGCUGGCUGAAUGUACAAAACUAGAGAAAAAACUUGCAGACGCGGGUCUCAGGGUCAAAGGAGACUACCGAGACAACUACAGCCCUGGCUGGAAGUUCAACCACUGGGAACUUAAGGGAGUGCCAUUGAGAGUUGAAUUAGGAUUCAAAGAUCUUGAGAAAUCUCAGGUGACGUUCGUGCGCAGGGACACUUUGGAAAAAUCUUUUGCAAAACAAGACCAAGUCUGUAAAUACGCAAGUGAUUUACUUAAUACUGUCCAGAAGAGCAUGUUCGACAAAGCCAAGAAGGAAUUGGACGAUCAUAUUAAAUCUUGUCAGGAUUGGAACAACUUCUGCAAGCACUUAGACCAGAAGAACUUGAUUCUCGCUCCGUUCUGCGGCAGAAUUGAGUGCGAAGAUGAAAUUAAAAAAGACAGCGCGAGAGACGAAGCUGAAGAAGCCGGAGCUCCUUUGAUGGGCGCCAAGGGUCUUUGUAUUCCAUUCGACCAACCGAAGAACCAAGAUAUCAAAAAGUUAAAAUGCAUUCAUCCAGGAUGCGGACAAAGUGCUCAGUUCUGGACACUUUUUGGCCGAAGUUAUUAAAAAAAAAAAAGUUAUUUUUUUAUUAAAAUACUACACAAAAAAAUGAUUUCUUGGCGCAAAAAAAAUUUCAUUAUAAAAUAGAAGCAAAAAUUUUUUGCACAAAGAAAUAUAUUUUUUUUGUAAAAAUAUAGAUGAUAACUUUUUAUAAAUUCAAUUUUCCAUUUAUAUAUUAAAUUAGAACUUUUUUUUUCAUGACAUUAAUUUACUGAUGAAAGAUUUAAAUGAUUAGUAAAAUAAAAAUAAAUA